CCGCUUUGCGUGUAGCCAUCUUUUCUGUUUACAUGGAAAUAUUAAUAUUUUUAAAUUGAAUACAUGUUUACGUUGUAAUAAUUUCACAUAAAAAUAAAAAUACUAACGAUAUUUUAUUAGCAAUUAGACAUAGAUAAGAUACAAUCCUUCAAAAUCCCGCACCAAUUUUUCGUUGCGUACGCUGCGUGCAAACUACAAGCACUACCUUUUAUUUAAAGUACCUAUCUUCUAUAAAAGCUUGAAUACACAUUAAUAAUGUCUAACGUGGGCUAUGACUUGGAUACAUCUGGUGGGCUUAUGCCGUUGAUUCGAGCGCUAAUAAAGCCACCUGAUGAAGAUGUGACCACUCCUAAGCCUAAGAAACCUCAACAUCCGUAUUAUAAGCGUCCUGGGAAAGGUCAUAAUCACGAUUCCUGCGACGCUUGUGGGGAAGGAGGUGAUCUUAUAUGCUGUGAUCGUUGUCCGGCCAGUUUCCACCUCGGUUGCUAUGAUCCACCACUAGAUGAAAAUGAUAUACCCUCUGGCCUAUGGCUGUGCAAGCAGUGUGCCGCCAGUGAUGAAAAGCCUGCGAGCACUCGCUCCAGCAGAGCACAGUCACCUGUGGAUACUAAGAAUGAUAGUGAAAAGAAAUCUAGACCCCUCCGCAGUAACCGCAACUCCAAGAAGAGUAAAGAUGAGAAAGAAGACACUGAAGAAGAGAAGAAGGAACAAGAAGAGAAGGAGUUGUCCCCUAUGGAGAUCUUGGUGAAGGCAGCCAAGAUCAUGAAUCCCAAGCAAUUUGAUUUGCCACGUGAAAUGAAAGUGCCAUUCUUGUUCCCUGGUACUGAUAAAGAGGGCAGCAAGAAUGGCAAUGCUUCCUUGGUGACCGUGGACGCGUGGGGCUGCGUCCCACUGCCGGCCAAGACUUGCUACGUGUGCCAGUACACCUGCAAACUGGCGCCGCUCCUGCAGUGCGACUAUUGCCCUGCUCUGUUCCACUUGGACUGUCUCGAUCCACCACUAACAGCUUUGCCUACUGGGCGUUGGAUGUGUCCCAAUCAUGUGGAGAAUUUUAUUGACUGGAAGCUGGUGCGCUCUAUAUCGGCGGUGGAGCGCGGCGCGCUGUGGGACCGGUUCGGCGCACCGCUCGACCAGCACGCGGUCAAGGUGGACUUCAUACGGCGCGCGCGCAAGCACCGCCACCGUGUACCACGUGGUAUCCGCGGUCGCGUGGUGGUACCGCGCAUGGUGCGGAUGCACUACCGAAAGCCACCACCACUGCUGCCAGCUAGGCGAGAGCAUGUCCGGUGCAGGAAUGUGGCCAAAACACGCAACCUCUCGGACACGGAUACCGACAAUGAAGAGAUGCAACAAGUAGAAGGCACGCACAAGAUUUGCCUCAACACUGAGUGCCCCAAGUACACGGACGAUGGUGUCUGCCCCAUGGACAGGCCGAAGUUGAGGGGGGUCAGCGAACAGGAUGCUGAGGAUGAUUUAAAGGCUAUAGGCGAGACUGAGGAUAAGGAAAUAAAAUCCGACGACGCGAGGUCCACCGAUGACACCGACUCCGACGUCGACCCAGACCACCUGCUGAGCGUCAAGCGUCGUUCCAGCACCGCCAGCCCCAGCGCGCGAGGGAAGCGGGAGGGAGGGGAGAAGUUGACGCUCCGCGCGGGAGGGGAGGUGGACGAGCUGCUGGCGGUCGUGGAGCGGCAGCUCGAGAAGCUGGACGAGCGGCUCGUGCGCGUGCUCGCCUGGCAGCGGCUGCAGGAGGUGGCGCUGGGCGAGCGCGCGGCGGGGCGCUGGCGGCACGCGCACGCGGCGCUGGGCGGCGCCUGGGCGCUGGGCGCCGGCCGCGCGCACCUCGCGCGCCUCGGCGUGCGCCUCGCGCCGCGCCCCUCCGACCUGCUGGCGCGCGCCGACCGCGAGCGCAUCGCGCGCCUCGUGUGGGGCGCCGCGCCCCCGCCCGCGCCCCGCGCCGCGCCCCCCGCCGCGCCGCACGCGCCGCACGCGUACCGCCCGGAGGCGCCCGCGUGCGCGGCGCUCACGCGACUGCACACUGUCGCCAGCAAAACCGGUGACGUCACGCUGGGUGACACAAUUCCGAUGCGGCUCUCCUCAUUGACAAUCGGCACGCACGGCGAGUGCGGUCUGCAGCUGGACCCGACCUGCCAGCACGUGUCCGGUAGACACGCUGUUAUAUUUAGAGAUGAGGUGACGAACCACUUUGAGCUGAUCAACUACUCGGAGUGGGGGAGCUGCGUGAACGGGGUGAUGUACGCUUGUGACCUAUCGCACUACAGUGACGAGCCAGCGGUGAACGGUGAUGGUGAACUGGCUGGAUUGAUUAAGAAGACUAAGCCGAAGUUUAAACUGAACGGCGCCCUAACCGCGCCCUCGGGUCCCGCGGAGUGCGCCUGCGGGACCGGCGCCCCACCCUCCGCCGCGUGGGAGGGCUCCGCGCUUGUACCUCACGGCGCCCUACUACAGUUCGGAUGCUUGCGCUAUGUGUUCAGUAUUACCGAUACGCGCCGUUAGUGUGUAGUGUCCAUGGCGCCAUGGGGCCUCAGUGGAACCUAAAUUGUGUACACAGUAGAUAAAACUGAUACGCGAUUAUAGUGUGUAGUGUCAAUAGCGCCCUAGGGCUUCAGUGGAUCCUUAAUUGUGUAUAAUAGUAGACAUAAAACUGAUACGUGAUAAUGGUGUCAUUAACGAAUCAAGGGCCGCUGUAGUCAUUUAUUGAAUAUUCAGUAGACAUGUGAUACGCAACAUUAUGUUGUAGUGUUAAUGGGAUCCUGGGGCCCCAACGCCCUAUCUGCAUCCUGAAGCUUCAAUCAAGCCUAAUGGUGUAUAAGAUAGACAAUAGAAAAUUUUAAUGGGUAUGGUGAUAAUGGCGUCUUUGUCCCAUCACAAAGUUUCAGUGAAGCUCUAAUUGUGCAUGGAAUAGACGGUAUCACAGAUACGCGCCUUUAAUACACUUGCUGUAAAUGGCUCCCUAAUCGCGCCCUAAUGCCUCAAUGGAGUCCAAAUUAAGUGUGAAAUUGGUUUUUGCGGCAAUUCUAUAAACAUUGCACGUGAAAACUCCCUAACUGCGCCCUUUUUAUUUUUUUUUGUAUGGAUGCAUUAUGGGAAGUAAAUUAAAAUAAUUUGUUUGUUGGAUUUUUUUUUAUUGAUAAUUUUGGACUAAAAAGGUGACAUGCAGUUAUAAUUAGGAUUUCUAUAACUCAUGUGUUAUUCUGGUACAUAAGGUGCAUUACUGCGGAGUAUUAUCAAAAUCGGUUCAGUGGUUUCCGCUUGAAAGAGUGGCAAACGUACAUCCUUACAAACCUUCGCGCUUAUAA